AUGAACCAGAUUCAGUCAGAUAUACACGUCGAGGGUAAAUCUUUCUCUGAUCACUGCUUCGCCAACUUGUCCUCUGGUCAACAGCCAAACUAUUAUCACUCAUCUCCCGCUGUUUCCGGGUUCACUGAUUGCUUCCUCAUCUCCUCGUCAUGCCAGAAUAAGGGACAUCCCUGGCCAGUAACCCAAGUAAUCGGAGUUGAGGAUUCGCCCGAUAGCGAUAGCGACUACGACUCCGGUGUUAUCCGACUUUACGAAAACGUCGAGAAGGCAGCGCGAACAAUAGGGAGUCAUAUGAGAGCGAGCAUCAACGAGCUUACACGCUCACCCUCGACAAACCUACGAUUUGGCUUCCUCCCGACCUUGCCAGCAGCGCCCCUACAUACUAUCGAGCCAUGGAUUGUCACGGCAAUGAGUUCGUCGUCAAGUUUCUCAUCAAGAAUGGAGGAAAGUCACAAUGAAGAAAAGCUUCUACGCCUCACCAAGGCGCGCAACGUCUGGUUUAUCACCGAGCUUAUCGACUACCAAUGUCUCGACACCGAUGCCAUCACUUUGUCCUGCAUAGUCGCCUCCCCCUUUGGUCGCCCUGUCAAGGAGUAUCGCACAGUCUUGGGGGCACUCCGAUCACUGUAUCUGGAUGCCAAGAUUCUUGAUCAGGAUAUCUCGGAUAACAACAUCCUCAUCUCUAACGCCGGAAAUAAUAACCCAGACUCACCUAAAGGAAUACUCAUUGAUUUCGAUAAUGCCAUAGACGUGGAAAUCGAACCCGAGAAACCUUGCUCUUUGUCUGGAACCAAGACAUUCAUGGCCAUUGACUUGUCGCGCGGCAGCGACGAUCGCGUCCACCAUACAUACCGCCACGAUCUCGAGUCUUUCUUCUACGUGUUUUUGUUCAUGGCUGCCUCUGGACAUGAGAGAGCCUCUGACAAAAGCCGAUUGAGACCAUGGGAGGUAAAGAACGAUAUUUCCAACGACAACUUUGCGGCCAUCCUUGCCGAGUUUCGCCCAGGAUUCAAGGGUCUCGAGAGUCUGGCUCACUCACUUCGCAAUGCGCUCUUCUUCCCAAAUGGGAACGAAUUCUUUACGGGCACAAGCAUAGAUAUUAGGGAGACCGAAAAGCUGCGGUCGUUGAGAAUAGAGAAUGAAGCUGAGGAAUAUUAA